CCGUAAAAGUCUACCUAUUGCCCGUUACAACGUUUCAAUGCGCGAGGAUAAUGAUAUCGUCACCCCGAGAGGCGACAAUGGUUCGUUGCCGCUGUUUAACAUGCUGAUGUAUUUUGUAACAGUAGAGAGAAAGAAAGACUGAUCUACUGCGCCGGCACUGCAGGUUGAAGCUUGAACGGGUUUCGCAUGUUACGAAGGGGGUAGUUUUUGCAACACUAUGCUAGGAGAGUGGAGAGGCGUGACUAAGCGGACAAGGGUGUGACCCUUCUCUGUGAUUGGUGGACAGAGAUUGAUGGUUGACAGACAGACGGAUAAAGAGAACGAGACAGACAGGAGAGGAGAGACGGAGAGAGAGAUGGCUCACAACGUCAACUUUGACCUGACUGCUCAACACAUGGAGGCUGGCCUGGAGAGCCCAGCGGAUGAAGAGGGGGUCCAUGACUCCUUUAACCAGCUGAUAGAGGAUCAGAGACAGGAAGCCUUUGAGCUGCAGGAACUACAGAGAGACCUGGACGAGGAGGAAAGAGACAGGGUAGCGUACCUGUCCAGCCCUGGUCGGGAGAUGUGGCGUGGGAGCCAGGGGAGAGGUGAGGAGGAGGAGGGGAGACAGUUGGACCCCCUUAUAGAGGAACGCUGGUCCUCCGCUACCCUCAAAGUCCUCUCCUCCAUGCCCAGCCGCACCAUCGGUCGUAGUCGAGGUGCUAUUAUCUCUCAGUACUAUAACAAGACCAUGAAGUUGAGAAGACGCAGACAGAGCAGGCCUUCCAUAAAAGACUUUUCCCGCUCUGCACGGCCCAGUAUCCGUGGUUACGGCAUGGAGUCAGACUGCAUGGAGACCGAGGGCGUGGAUGAGGAGGGGCGUAAGCGUGACCAACUGGUCAACAACCUUCAGAACCUCUCUCUGAGUGACCGGGUCAGGAUGCUGCGAGCCAUGCCUCUCUCUGUGGCAGAGAAGAGUGAACUCAGGAGGUUGGCUGGCAGGAAGGGUCAACGCUCCAAUCACAGUCAGAUCCCGUGCUGCAGCCAGCUCAAGUAUCACAUCAUCAUCGCUCUGAGACAGAGCUGGUACAGCUGUCUCUCCUUCCUCCACUCCCUGCAGCUGUGGCAGGUGGCGCUGAAGAGGGUGAGCGGUCGUUUCGGCACCGGCGUCCUCUCUUACUUCCUGUUCGUCAAGACCCUCCUCUUCUUCAACAUCUUCCUGUUCCUGGUCACGGGUUUGUUCCUGGCCCUGCCCCAGGCAGUACACCCCCCCACGUUAACCCAGGGACACGAAGCCUUCUCUGGGCUGGAGCUGCUCACUGGAGGGGGUUAUUUCUCAGACUCAGUGAUGUACUAUGGUUACUAUAGUAACUCUACCCUGUAUAAGGACUGUAGAGUCACUAGUAGCAGUAUGGACCAGCAGCCCAGUCCCUCUGUAUCUAGAAGGACAAUGGAAACAGACUGUGGAGUGAAGCUGUCCUAUAACAUGCCCCUGGCAUACUUCUUCACCAUAGGAGUGGCUUUCUUCAUCACCUGCAUCAUCCUCGUCUACAGCAUGUCCAAGUCGUUUGGUCAGAGCUUCCGUAUAGACAAGUCACAUGGUAUCCUGGCGAUGAAGGUGUUCUGUUCCUGGGACUUUAAAGUCAUCAAGAAGACCUCCGUCAAACUCCGCUCUGAAAACAUCUGCACUCAACUCAGGGAGUUGUUAGAGGAGACUAAUCGUAAGCAUGUCCAGAAGACUGUGUGUCAGAGAACAGGACGUGUGUUAGUACAUGUUCUGGCGUGGUUCAUCUGUAUAGGCAGCACAGUGGCCUGUGUUCUAGCUCUCUACUACUUCUCUGAGUACAUGCACAAGGACCUCCAGUACAGAUCUCGUAUUCCCACUAAGGACCCUCUCCUGAAGGAAGCCAGUCUGUUAGCCCUGCCGGUCGUAGUGUCUCUCAUCAACCUCCUGCUCCCUGGUCUCUUCAACGCUACUGCCUGGAUGGAGGAGUACGACUCGCCCAGCGUAAACACAUACGUCGCCAUCAGCAGGAACCUGAUGUUGAAAGUGAGCGUGCUCGUAGUGCUGUGCUUUCAUUGGCUGGGCCGGAUCGCUUCUGACCCCCACAGCAUCGGCCUGCAGUGCUGGGAGAGUUUUGUAGGACAAGAGCUGUACCGUUUCCUCCUCAUGGACUUCAUCUUUACCAUACUGGACACCUGCUUUGGAGAGUUCCUCUGGAGGUUGUUUUCUCAGAGGGUGUUGAAGAGGAAAAGAAAGCCUGUGUUUGACAUCUCCAGGAACGUGUUGGAACUCAUCUACGGACAGACACUGGCCUGGUUGGGGGUGUUGUUCACUCCUCUGCUUCCUGCUGUACAGAUCAUCAAACUGCUGCUUCUCUUCUACAUGAAGCAGACUAGUGUGAUGAUGAACUGCCAGUCCCCUAGGAAGCCCUAUAGAGCCAGUCAGAUGAGCACCAUCUUCAUCACUCUCCUCUGCUGCCCUUCCUUCCUGGGGGCUGCUGUUUGUGUCAGCUACACCAUGUGGAGUAUCCGUCCGUCUGAGUCAUGCGGGCCGUUCCGUAGCCUGUCCACUAUGUUCCAGUCAGGGAAGCUGUGGGUGAAGGAGUUGGAGACACACAGCCCUAACCUGGCCUGGUUAGCCUGGGCUCACAGCUACAUAGUGGAGAACCCUCUGUUUCUGUUCCUGGCUGCUGGGAUCUUCCUGAUAGUGAUUUACUUCAACACCCAGGUGGUGGAUGGACAGAGGAAGAUAAUCAGUCUGCUGCAGGAGCAAAUAGAAAACGAGGGGGAGGAUAAGAAGUUCCUGAUCACUCGUCUCCAGGCCAUCCACCAGCAGAAACGACCCCUCUCCCCUCGCAGACUCACCAGUCAGGUCAGUCAGGAUUCCAACGGCUAGCAUUCCAACUACUGAAACAGCAUUCUCUCCCUUCUCCGUGGAGGGAAUAUCUCAGUAGAUCUCUGAAUAUCCUUUGGAAAAUGUCCUGAAUGGACCAACCUGGAUGUAACUCUCCUCUCCUGCCUCUGGGGAAGAGUUGUUAAGGAAUUAUUCAACUGGAGAACUAUUCUCUGAGGAUGUCGUCUUUCCCAGGAAGCUGAGUUGGGACUGGGACUAGAAAGGAAUUUACUUCUUUACAAUAACAAAUCCCACAUACGCCAAAAUAUGAUUCUGAUAGGAUCCACACUCUUUCCCAGGAAUCUGGUCCUUAUAAGGAUUGGGAAUAGGAUUGGGAAUGGGACAAAGCAGGUUUUUUUUACACCUCAUAGGGAAAGACCACUGUCUUUAUAGGAUCUUACUAUGGCCAAGCCAUAGGCUACACCUUACUGUAACUAGGCUACACCUUACUGUAACUAGGCUACACCUUACUGUAACUAGGCUACACCUUACUGUAACUAGGCUACAUAGGAAAAUACCACUGAGUUUAUAUGAACUUACUAUGGCCAAGCCAUAAGCUACACCUUACUGUUUAUUCUUCAUAUAAUAUGACAGGACAUGCCACUGUCACAAAACAAUGGUUUAUCGAAGCUCAAUACUUUCAGCCAAGGAUCUUUGUCCUUUUUUAAAACUUGGAUUGGAACCCCUGGUCAUGAGAGGAUGUAGGGGUGAAGAGGUGAGGAAACGAGACUGGGAUACGGUCUGCUUGUAGGGACACAGAACGGAAUGCGUUUUUUACAAACAACAUUUUUUCCCCUCACAACUUUGAAUAGGGAACAUAUCAAAUGCCAAGAAGCUGCCAACAUUGCACAAAGGAUUACAACAGUGUACAUUGUUAAGCAGGGUGAAUUCUGUGAAAUAUAGGAAUUGUAUUUUUUAAUUGUAAAUAGUAUGUUUGUUUUUUUAAUUACUUUAAUGUUUUUAUUGUAUAAACUGGUAUUUUGUCAACAGCCCUUUCAUACCAACUGUGAACAAAUAGGUUAUUUCUUUCCGUUUCUGAUAUAAAAUGUUUUUGAUAUGUUUUUAUGUUAAUUGGUGGUCAGUCUUGUCUCUGCUUCUGAAAUGGCACUCUUCCCUACAUAGUGCACAACUUUAUAGGGCGCUGGUCUUAAGUAGUGCACUAUGUAGAGAAUAGGGUACCUUUUUGGAUGCAUCCUCUGUUUACUGUCUCUGUAGGAGGAAUCCACCUCUUAGUAUCGGGUGAUCUGAUUGGUUCGUUCAAACAGGAAAUGGUCUUAGAAGAUCAACCACUGGAACAGUACGUUAUUUGAAUCUCUUUUUGUUUUUAAGUUGUUUUAUUGUUUGUUUAUUUUAUACGCAAUUAAAUGUUUUACCAUA